AGUGUACGGUGUGUUUAACGGGAACAUGUCGGUGUGAGGCCGCGGACACUUUCGGUAACAGUCGGUACUUUGAUCCAGUUCACGUUGAGUCGCUUCGUUAAAUCGUUAAAUCGUUUUUUUCUCCGCCGGUGAAAACUUCUUCUUCUCGGUUCCCGCGCUGGAUUCAAAAUGGCGGCUGUUUCAGCGGAUUACCGUGUGUUCUGAGCUGGAGCUAAACUAGCUAACGUUAGCAUACAUCGGAGUACAAUGGUUCCAGCAGCCUGGAGCCAGAAGUAAACAGGUCAGUGGAUCCAUCAUGUAAACAGACUGACAGGAAUCCGUGAACAGUAUCGCUCGGUGUCAGGGUGGCUGCCGCGGCGUCCUGGUGGAGGAGUAGUCUAAUGGAGAGCGACUGUCGGAUCCCUGUGGCGUGUUGUCGUCCCCGAGUUCUCGUCCUCCACGCUCUUUUCUGGGGUCUCGUUUCCCUGAGAGUGUUUGGAGCCGCCCUGCUGAGUGAGGACAAAACUACAGCAGUGAAACCUGUGGUCUCCCCCUGCUGGCUGCUGGAGGACUUUAUUGUGACCUCAGCGUGUUCGCAGUGUAACACCUUCCAGACUAAGUCGUGGUCGUCCUGUGAACAGACGGGUUAUGUAGAGAGAAUCAACUGCACCAGAUCCAACAAAGACGAGUACAAGAGCUGUCGAUCAGCCGUGAUGGAGGAGCAUCUCUUCUGGAAGUUCGAAGCGGCCAUGUUGGCUCUGACGGUUGUCUUCGCCAUCGUGGUGGUCGUCCGUCAGCGAUGGCUCGACCGCCUCGCAUCGGAGAAAGUCCGUCGACAAAUUGAGUCCAUCUAGGACUCGAGGACCUGAUCUGGUCCUGGACAGUAUUUUAAUGUGCGAGUUGAGAGUUCGGUCUGAAGACGUACGGAGGUCGAUCAGGACGAAAGGAACCUGCAGGAAACUGGACUUUUUUUUCUUCAAUCCAAACUUUAUUUAACAUGACGGGAGGAGGCGACAUAAAGUCAGAACCAAGAACAGAAAAGUCUGAAUCUUUUACUUUAUCAAGAUCUUCACUCGUACAAUUCAAAAGUUGAAUUCUCCAGGAAUUUGAUUUCAGACUUAAACCACUGAGACAUCAAGUCGUCAUUAACGUAAAUUCAACCUGGUGUCAAGUAAUUCAAUCUUAAUGGAGAAUUCAACUGUGUAAAUGUAAAUUGUUCAAACUUAUUUUCAAUAUGAAACAAAUAAAGGUGAAUCAGGUCAGAACCCAGUUCUCAUGUUGACUCUUCGCUCUGUUUUCUAAUCUGUCCUUCACCUGAUUGGUCGACCUCACCACACGCUGGGCUCUGAUUGGUCCCUGCUGCACAGUUCACACAUAAAUCUAUGGAGGGGCACGUCGGACUGUUGUCGUCUAAUUGGACUGAACACGAUGAUCGACAGGUGACGUUUCAUUGUUGAACAAACGUUUGUCUUCAGAUUUUAUUAAAUGUUUGUUUUUCUGACUAAAUCAACAGUUUUAGACGCUUGUUAAAAAUGUCUGAACUGAAACGAGAGAAUAAAACUCACAAAUAAAAAACUCACGUGUUUCUGCAACUGAAGAAAAAACACCAGAGAAAGUCUUAUACUUUAAAGUGGCCAUUUUAAAGUUGAAUUUAUUCUAAAUUAAACUUUUUAUCUUGUGAUGCGAUGACCAGCGUCACAUGACGUUCAACUUAACAUCGGGAAGUAAAAUUGUAAAUAUUCUGAAGCUUCAACGCCAACAACGUUUUUAUUGAUACAAAACUUUUGUUGUUUUAUAAAUAAUUUGGUCAAA